AUGGCACAGCAUCGACCAGUGUUGAAUGUCAUUAAAUCUGGCACGUUUCGAGAAGGAGGCGGCUUUCAAGUUCGUCGGCCAUUCCCAACACACACGUUGAGCCAUGUUGAUCCCUUCCUGCUGAUCGAUCACUUGGGGCCAGUAACAUAUGGUCCUGGUCAAGCUGUUGGGGCUCCUGAUCAUCCUCAUCGAGGAUUCAUCACGGUUUCAUAUUUACUUCAUGGAGAGAUGAAGCAUCGAGACUCGGCUGGAAACUCUGGAAAGCUCAGUCCUGGAGACGUGCAAUGGAUGAGGGCAGGCUCGGGCAUCGUACAUAGUGAGAUGCCAAGUGACGAAUUUGAUGAAACAGGCGGAUUGUCUGAAGGCUUUCAAAUAUGGAUCAAUCUGAAGGCAGAACAAAAGUUCUUGCCACCCUUGUACCAGGAAUUCAAGGGAUCUAAAAUACCGAAAUAUGAAAAAGAUGGUGUAUGGGCUAAUGUGAUUGCUGGGAAUGUCUAUGAUUUGGAAGGAAUUGUUGUCACGGAUACUCCAACCGUUUACGUUCAUGUUAUCCUUCAAGCGGGUGCAUCAUUCAGCUACAAUGUGCCACACGCUCUCCAAAACAACUUCAACGUGAUGUGUUACAUCGCUUCUGGUGAGGGCUAUUUUGGUGGUGAUCCAAAGGACUCUGAAGGAACCUUUGCUAAAGAAGCCGAUCUAGUCCAAUUCUCUCGAGAAGAUAAAGGGGCUGCUGGCAACGAUAGCUCUGUUGUCGUAUAUAACCUAGAUUCAGCUUCCAAACCUCUAUCAUUUCUGCUACUUGGUGGACAGCCAUUGGACGAACCUGUGGUCAGAUAUGGACCGUUUGUGAUGAAUACAAGAGAGCAAAUUCAGCAAGCCUUCCUUGAUUAUGAUGACGGCAAAAUGGGAUUGAUCAAGGCAACUGUGGUCUCGUGA